UCUCCUUUUCUCUUCACCAAACCCACAAACAGACCUUCUAAUCUCUUUCACAUUGCAGAUUUUGAGUUUUAGUGAGAGAAAAGAGAGAAUUUUUCUCUGUUCCAGAGUUUUUCUUGAUUGACCCUAAGCUUAAUUUGUGUUUUUGUAGCAAUGGAGAUUGGCAGUGGGAGUGGAAGUGGAAGUGGAAAUGACAACCUGAAAUGGAAGGCAACUUCUCAGAUAGAAAUACUGGAGACCAUUUAUGCUGUGGAACCUUUUCCAUCACAAGAACUGAUAGCAGAAUUGUCUGCUAAGUUGGAGUUGAGUGAUCAACAGCUGAGAGUUUGGUUCGAAUACAAGAGGGAGAAAGACCAGAGGAUAACCAUUGGCGUACCACUGCAGAAGGGAGCUUCAACCAUGCCGAUGAUUUUGUCGAAUGCUGUUGGUGAAGUGUGGGGUGAGCCUGUUUUUGGCUCCCCAUACGGUCUCCGAAUGGUUCACCAACCUGGAGUGAGAGUGCCGAGCUAUGGAAACGAAGGUCUGUCUACUAGGCAGUAUGAUCAGCUUCCAUGGACCAUCCUCCAACAUUCGCGUGCUGUUGCAGCUGUGGAGGCACAGCUGCGGAGGCCUUUGAUCGAGAAUGGGCCUGUUCUUGGAUUCAAGUUUGAUCCCUUACCACCGGGUGCAUUCCGCUCUCCAAUUGGUGAACAGUCUCCUAGGGCUGAACGACAUGGUGGGCCAAUCAAGGGUGCAAACCAGACCUCCCUUCAAUACCAAUUUACUCAAGGAGAGCCAUCGAGUGGAGCUGCUGCAUAUGGACCACGGGUCCCGCCUCGCUACAACACUUCACCUGCUGAAGCUCAGGGUACCGCGAUUGCGUUAUCUGGCGGGAACUCUUAUGUUCAUGGCACGCAGUUGCCAAUUUCGGGUCUUCUGGGCCCACAAGGGAGACCAUCCAACAUAUCUCGGUCUCUGGGAGUUCAUGUUGUUCCUCAAAGUUCUUCGCGUUUGAACAGGAGAGUAGAUGAUAAUUUCGGUGGCUGUUCAAUCACUGGGGAGGAGAAUCCAUUAAUGCCAUCUGAGACACAAGCCAUCCGUGAUAACAGAAUCUUGGCGAGAAUCUGGAAGAUCUGGGCUCAACCGUGGAUUGAUUCUGAUAAGAAUGUGACCAAUCUUCUAAUGGUCUGGAGAUUCUUGAUUUGCUUUGCAGAUGCUCUAUCUCUCUCGCCUUUCACCAUAGACGAGUUUGUUCAAGCUCUCCAGGAUUCUGCUUCGGGAUUACUGGGACAGGUACAUAUUAUGCUUCUGAGAUCCAUAAUAAAAGAUAUCGAAGUUGCUGGCAGGAUUUUCGUUCAUCUGUGUGAGGGUCGGUGGAGGCUUAUUGAUUCGUUCAUCUAGCUUUUAUGUACGUUAAUCCUACAUUGUGUGGUUGGCACUCUCGCUAUUUCGACAAGAUUUGUAUAAUUGGGUUUUAACGUGUGCAAUAUAGGUGCAUGUUAAGUGAUCUGGUGCGGUUUAUCAUUAAUUGUUGUAUAUAUUUGUCGUGCAAUGUUCAAUCCAUACAGGACUUUGAUGCUGUUAUAGAAUCUUUGGAUGUCUGUGGAGUCCGAGAGCCCCAGCUGCAGCAAAUUGAAGCUGCUUUCAAGGAAAAUGUGAGGAAGUUGCGAAAGAAUUCUGACAGGGAUGUUGGGAAUCAUGUCAGAAACAGAGACACGAGGCCGAAUCUAUAUGUCUCUACCUUUGACAGACCAGAAGCUUCAAUUCAGAUUCCUUUGCAAUUCAGGUGGGAAGAAACAUAGCAGAAAACGAUGAUGUUUUGAGGAGAUAUUCUGAUUUUGAGAAGUGGAUGUGGGAUAAUGAAUGCCUCAAUCGACUCCACAUUACUGAGUGUGAUGCAGUGGGGGGAAGGACGACGCAAAAAGCUGUUACAUGUGUCUCGAUAGAUCUGUCUCUUUCGAUCUGCUCCACUGUACAGAUUGUAUUUUUGUUCACUGUCAUUUUUUUUUUUUUUAACUCAUCAGAUUAUCUGAUCUCUUCUCCCUGUAUUGUUUGAGUGUGUGCAGAUUCUGGGAUUGUUGGAUGGUGCCAUUAAGAAGGACCUUUUAGCUUCUGAAGCAUGUCGUGAUGAUCUCGAAGGCUUUGGCGGUGAGGCUCGUGGAAGUUGAUGAAUCCCUCCAUUGCAGACUGCAGGAAUUAUUGAAGAUGAUUCUUGAAUAGGAAGCAGGAAUUUGAUCUGUAAUUGUUAGUGCAAAUGGACCUCAGAUCUGUAACAACAUAACUAUCUGAAAUUCAUGAAAGAUAGAUUACAUUGCAUGCAA